CCGCCGGCCCGCGCUGUGCUCUCUCUCUGUGUCUCGCUACUCACACUACCUCACUCACACCCGGACCUCACACCUUUCACAUCACCGCCGCCUUCAUCGCUGCUGCUACUGCUGCUGUAUCUUGUUACUUCCGCUGCUAACCACCGCUAGCUAGCCGCUUCAACAUUUCCACUAAGCUCCACCACCACGUCGUCUACACCCGACCGCCACAGUGCGACCUGACUGCAACUAAACAUAUCCUACACGGCCUUAACUCGACGAGUGCUGCGACUGUGUUGAACCCUGUCGUCCGUACCCUGUCAUCAUCUGGGUGUGUGCACGUCACGCCCACGACUUCGCCCUCCUUGCCACCACAUUCUUCCCGAGACGCAUCUCUCACUACCACCAAAAUUUUCACGGCGGCUGAGCAACCCACGCCCAUCUUCUCCUACCUCCCGCCUCCUCCGCCCACUUUCUACCAACAACCCGCCAAUCUGGAAGUCACACACUUCGACGUCAUGCGUGGCUCUGAUGAGCUGCUGGCGCAGACCGGGGCGGUGAGCAAUGGCUCCGUUAUGAGUCCUGCGCCCAACCACGCCGACAACAACAAUGACGCCAAAAAGGUCAAGUUGGACACGAAAAACCCCGGUGCGCCGUCCCGCGUGAUCCACAUCCGCAACAUUCCCAACGAGGUCACCGAGGCGGAGAUCGUCCACCUGGGUAUUCCCUUCGGCAAGGUCACCAACGUGCUCGUGCUCAAGGGCAAGAACCAGGCUUUCUUGGAGAUGUCCGAUGAAGUUAGCGCAACCACAAUGGUCAACUACUUCACUAACUGCACCGCCCAGCUGCGUGGCCGCGCCGUCUACGUCCAGUUCUCCAACCACAAGGAGCUUAAGACCGACCAGACUCACUCAAACGCGCAGAACCCUAGUGCACAGGCGGCGCUGCAGGCUGCUCAGGCCCUGGUCAAUCAGACGGACACUCAGGGCGGUCCCAACACUGUGCUCAGGGUCAUUGUCGAGCACAUGAUCUAUCCAGUCACCCUUGAUGUCCUGUAUCAGAUCUUCUCACGUGUUGGUAAAGUGCUCAAGAUUGUCACCUUCACGAAAAACAACACAUUCCAAGCUCUUAUCCAGUAUCCCGAUGUUGUCACAGCUCAGGCAGCCAAAAUGACACUGGAUGGCCAGAAUAUCUACAAUGCAUGCUGCACCCUCCGAAUUGAGUACAGCAAGCUGAGCAACCUUAAUGUGAAGUACAACAAUGACAAGUCCCGAGACUACACCAACCCUAACCUUCCUACAGGCGAUCCUGCCCUGGAUUCUGCCUUGGCUAUUGGUGGUGCCCCCGGUGUGCUAGCCUCCCCGUUUGCUGCAAUGCAUGGACUCUCGUCGCCGCUAACCGCUGCCUAUGGGGCCUCACCUGCGGGAGUUUCUUCUCUUUCAGCUCCUAAUCUGAACUUACCGAACCGUACUGGCGAGAACGCUACACCGACAGGCAUGCCGUUUACAGGUAUGCCCUUGGCGGGUGUAACUCCAACUGCUGCAGCCCUUGGUGCUGCUGGCAUCCGUCUCCCAGGCCAGCCUUCACCCAACUGUGUUCUGCUCGUGUCCAACUUGAAUGAAGAGAUGGUCACGCCUGACGCUCUCUUUACCCUCUUCGGAGUGUACGGAGAUGUCCAACGUGUCAAGAUUCUUUUCAACAAGAAGGAUAAUGCCUUGGUUCAGAUGUCAGAACCUCACCAGACACAGCUUGCCAUCUCACACUUGGAUAAGAUGAAGACUUGGGGCAAGCAGAUCCGCGUAACUUUGAGCAAGCACCAAACUGUACAGUUGCCCAAGGAAGGACAGCCUGACGCUGGACUGACCAAGGACUACAGUAACUCUCCUCUUCACCGCUUCAAGAAGCCUGGUUCCAAGAACUACCAGAACAUCUACCCACCCAGUGCUACCCUGCAUUUGUCCAACAUCCCACCCACUGUUGAUGAGGAACAGAUAAAGGAUGCCUUUGCUCAUGCCGGAGCAAAUGUUAAGGCAUUCAAGUUCUUCCCCAAGGACAGGAAGAUGGCACUGAUACAGCUGGGUUCUGUAGAAGAGGCCAUUGCAGCUCUCAUUAAAAUGCACAACUUCCAACUGAGCGAUUCCUCCCACUUGCGUGUGAGCUUCAGCAAGAGCACCAUCUAGACGGCCCAGCCCACACAGCGGGUUGAGGGCCCUGGGAUCUACACCUGAUGGGGCUCGGUACCUAGGGCUGACGAGACUCUGGGAGGGAAGCAGCCUUAAGGAAGAAGAAUAAGAAUCCCAGGGAUGGACGAUCCCAAUUGUCAGGAACCUUCUGGGAACUGGCACUUUUUUACCUUAGGGCAUGGCAUUUUUAUUAAUAUAAUUAUACCUAGCUUAACCAAAUGUGUUACACUAUAAGGAGGCAGGACCUAGAGAUAUUUACGUACAAGUGAGAGAGAUGAUAAUUGAGCUGAAUUCAGGAAGAUGCAAUUUAACUAAAGGAACUCAAUAUUGGAGUUUAUUUUUAUUUUUUGUACCCAUAAAUGGUUUGGGUAGUCAAGUAGCCAAUACCUGUGUACAUUUUGCUACAAGUAAAUUCUGCCGGACAGCCUGAAUGUCUUUUGUAUGUAAGGUGAAGGUUUUCACAGUAUUAGGGGUGGUCUUGCCCCAAACGUGGGUGAGAAAAGGCCUCUGGUACUAGUAUUAUUCGCAGUGGUUCCUCGUGCUCUCUGAGAUUGCCAAGGACUUAAUGUUAAAACCUCAGCAAGCAUGAGCCAGAAUUAAUUCUUUUUAAACCAUGGUAGCUCUUUUUAUUUUAAGUGUUUUGCAAGUGAUACAUGUUUAGAGCUAGAUUGUGUAAGUAUAAUUGAAAAUAGAGGAGAAGAGAUGAGGCUAAAUUAUUAUUAAUGGAUGGUAGCCAUUGAAAUUCUCACACAAUUCAUAUUUUUUGGACAAAAUGGAGGAACUAUAAUAGAAGUGUUAAUAUGGUAAUUUAUCUCACAAUGUCAGUGUUAUGAAAGCAUAUAUUUUUGCAUUUUUGACGUCUCCAAAGUGUAAACUGAUAUCAAUCCUUUUCUUGAUCAACUCUUCCGUCUAGGAUUUUUCUCUUGAUCAUUCCAACUUAAAAGUCUUCUUUACCAUUUGCUCGAUGAUUCCAAUGUUUGUAAGGUAGGCAGACAGGGGCUGUGGUUGUUGUGCCCAGUUUUAACACAAGCACUGAUUGGAACAGCUGAUGCCAAUUACAAUUGUCCAACUGUACCUUUAGCAGCCUGUGGAACCAAGAUCAGUGAUUUUAAAUAAAGUGGGUUAUAUUUUCCCGUGUAUGGGUAACCAGAGGAGACUGCAGUUGUAGCCAUGAGCAUAGGUGGCAUAGCAUAGACUACUGUCAGGUCAACAAUGGGAAUUAGCCCGAGGAUGACCCUAGGGAUUCCAGAGGUAUAUCUAAAUUCACGUAGGUUUAUCUUGUGCUAACCAUCUGGGUGUUUGUGAGGUGACAAUAAUGUUUGCCAGGCGUAGCAUGUUAGCUAAGGGCAGUGAGUGGACUGUACCUGAGCGGGCACCUCCUCCACCCCUCUCUGCCACCUGGCCAGUCUGUGGUUGGGCUCUCCCACCCAUGUUGUGGCAUUCAUUUAUUGUUGUUCAGUGUAUGUAGCCAAUAGGAAAUUUGAUUAGCUUUUAUUAAUGAUGAUAUACAAAGUAUUAUUUGUUAUUUAUCUAAAAAGAACUAAAAAAAAAAGGCAAGAAGCACAAAGGUUGAGCCAUGCACCCAGGAAGUUGGCAGUAUCUCAUAGCUGGUUGCUGGAGGGCAAGGCAGUGCACUGUAGCAUUCCCAUCAUCACUGGCCAGCCAUAUGCUUCGUCACCCCCUUGCCAGGAGGGGGGGGGGGCUGUACCUGUACUCUCUCUUCAUGCAUACCCUGAGCACGGUGAUUGCUAAGUUAUUUUCUCCUGGAUCUGUCACAUACCAGUAUUUAUACAGGGCUUCAAAUUAGCUGAAGGAAGUGCCCCUGCCCCCCCCGACAACCCAACACUAGUGUCCCAUCUGUCUGAAACUUGCGACAAGACAAUCCCAGAAAAAACUCGUUAGGCAUCUAGUGUGGUACACGAGGUCUACACAAUUACUUAAGACCUUGACGUGAGUUAUUGACUCAUAACUUCGGGCACGUGUUUGCCAAGUAGUAUAUAGUUUGAAGUAUUUUUUUGGUAAAGCUGAUUAGGAGCUUGGGUUAGAGUGCUCUUUUAAGAUCUUUGAGCAACACCAGAUCAACUGCUAAAUUGGACCACACUGGGAAGGCUAGUAAACACUAAUUUGCACAUAUCAGUUUCAGAGACUAUUUUUGUACAACUGUGGUGCCUUUCUAUGUGAUAUUCACAGUGUGGCACACGUCGGUCAUUGGUCAGCUCGGACAUAUUCACUGAUGUGGUAGCGUGAGAAAAAUGUUGUACCCUGUACUCUCAGCUUAGAACUGCUGCGUCCUUGUAUUCACCAAUUCGACCUACUCCAACUUCCGUGGGUGCAGUCAAGCAACUAUUUUUACAUCUACAUGUGUAGAACUUGUAUUUCCUGUUUCAAUCACGUGUAUGUCAUGAUGAAAGUAAAAGAACAUCAUCCUCUUUCUCCAUUUUAGAAGAUUCAAUCUAGCUGACGGUCUCUUUCUCAAGUUAAACUCAAGGGUCUCACUGGUUCAUGCUAAUUCACUUUCCCUUUGAGGCGUCACUCGUUUAGCGCCAGCCCUCUUCCCACGACAUCCUAAAGGCCACAGCCCAGUUGAUCCGUUUGAAUAAAGGAGGGUUCAGCUGCUUGCCUGCAAAUGCAACCUCUCCCAAGAAUGGCCACUAACAUGACAUCCACUGAGCUGUUUCAAAUAAUCUCUGAAACACUUGAGAAAAAGGCCUAUAAGUUUUGUGCCUCAUACUUGUAUUUGGAGGGAACAAAGUACCUUUACAUUACUCUUCUAAUAUUGUAAUAUUUCUUAGAAGUGUGUAAUUUUCUCUUUUCCCACUGCUUUGAUGUAACCAACUUGUAUACUUACCUAUCUAUUGUAUCUAUAAUUACCAUUCUGAAGCGCUUGCCAGGUUUUGCCCAGUCUCUGCAUUGUAAUCGGCAUUUUGUAGUAUCUUAUGAGCACAAAGUUAACAGUCCAAAGUAAAGACAAAAAAAAACAAAAACAAAAAAAAAAAACAAUUGGCAAAUACAUUAGAAAGGAAACGUUAAUAAUAAUAAUAGUACUGAAAGAGGUUUUGGAUUUACACAAAGCAGUAGGGCAGGAACCUGGUUAAUCCCCGCAUGACAUCUAAUGAAACAACAGUUGCAGUUCUUUCUUUUGGAACUUGCGGAUUAAAAAGGAAAAAACCUCUGGAGGGAUCACCAUCGCCAGAAAGACAGCUGAGUUGUGCCUUGACCAGCUUUGCAGCAUCUUUUUACUCGUCAGUGCUCGCUCGCUCGCUCAUCAGACCCACCUCUCCUCCUCUUCCUGGCUGUCAGGGCAUAGAUCUUAAAAAUGGAAAUAAAUGCGGCACCCUUGGAGAAUACAAGCGCUUUAUAGCACUGAAGAACAAAUUUUAGCCCAGGACAGAUCAGGUCUUGCAUAGGGAGGGGUAGGCAUAGCUAAGGGUAGGGUGCUAGACCAAUUCUCUUAUUGCACCUUCUUUGGUAAGGCCCACAAUAACUUCAUGUAUUAACCUGUAUUCUUGAAAUCCAAAUGGUUUUAAAUUAAUUGUUUUUAUUGUGAAUGUGGAAAUGAUGAGUGUUCAUGCAUAUUUUCUGCAUCUUAUUCCAGAAUGAUAUGAAUCUGUCUAUUUUGUGUUGACAUUGCUAGCUCCAUUAUGGACUGUCUGGUAAUAGACCGGCAGACCCAUAUUUGUCUAUGUUGGAUGGAUCUGAGCAACAUGAGCCAGGUACUGUGUUUAAGCAUUAUCAUUUUGUAAUAAAUAUGUAUUUCGAUA